CAAGUUACAAUUUCCUAUUCAUCGUCACCACCUAAACUGGUCAAACCUAUUCUCUCUAGUUUCUCCAUUCAUGUCAACGUGGCACCUACUUGGUCAGAUUUUAGCAGCAUUAGGCGGCGUUGAAGCUUCUUCUUCUUCUUCUUCAAUAUUUACUCACUUUUCAUCUUUGUUAUUACUUACCCAAACGCCAAUCCACGUAGUUUUCUCUGAAAUCUCGAGUACAUGGGCAUGAUCACCACACGCAACAACCAUGCAACUAUUCUGCUCCUUUUAUUCUUUUUCUUCUGUUUUCUCACUUUGUUAUCCCAUGCAGCCAAUUCCAUCACGGACAACAUAAUCAGAGACGAUGAUGAUGGUGCUGACAAUUUGGUGUCAGAAGAUCUCAACUUCGAAAUGGGUUUCUUCGGUUUUCAUAACUCUUCAAGGUACGUUGGGAUUUGGUACCACAAGGUUCCUAUUCCAACAUACGUGUGGGUUGCUAAUAGAGACAAACCCAUCAAAGGAAGAGGAGGUUCAAUCAGAAUCAAAAGUGACGGCAACUUGGUUGUCCUCGAUGGAGAGAACGAGGUUUGGUCAAGUAACCUUAACCUGUCGAACUCGAAUCCGGUGAACAACUCACAAGCUGUUCUACGUGACAAUGGGAACCUUGUUCUUUCAAACAACGACAAAGAUGUGUGGCAGAGCUUUGACCACCCUACUGAUACGUAUCUGCCAGGAAUGGAACUGCCAGCUAGUGAUAGAACGAGCAUGAAACGUUCCUUCAGGUCAUGGAAAUCAGCGACGGAUCCUUCACCGGGGAACUACACAAUGGGGGUUGCUUCUGAGGGAUCAACACCACAGAUUUUGGUUUUGGAGGGAGAGAAAAGGAGGUGGAGAAGUGGGUAUUGGGAUCAAAGAGUGUUCACUGGUGUGUCCAAUAUGACAGGAAGCUCUCUAUUUGGUUUUGGACUUAAUACAUACCCUAAUGGAGAGAAGUACUUUGUAUAUACAUGGAAUGAUGAUACGGUGAGGUUUCAGAUAAGUUGGGAUGGGUUUGAAAGACGGCUGUUGUGGAAUGAAGAUGAGAAAAAUUGGACACAGACACAAUAUGAGCCUUAUAAUGAGUGUGAGGAGUAUAAUUAUUGUGGCAGUUUUGCAGUGUGCGAUAUGGCUAAAUCACCUGUUUGUAGUUGCAUGCAGAAGUUUAAGCCAAGGAAUUGGGAUGAGUGGAAUAGUAGGAAUUGGUCAAGGGGGUGUGAGAGGAUGACUCUACUGAAGGCUGAGAGUGAGAGAGGUAAUGGAUCUGGAACUGAGGUUAGUGUUGGAGAAGAUGGUUUCUUGAAGCUAAACAGUAUGAAGUUGCCGGAUUUCGCACAGUUGGUGGAUGAUACUGGUGAUGAGGAUUGCCAGAGGAAUUGUCUGCAGAAUAGUUCUUGUACCGCGUAUUCAUAUACUCUUGGAAUUGGGUGCAUGGUUUGGUAUGGGGAUUUAGUUGAUGUUCAAUACUCUGAAAACUUUGGAACUGUACUCAACAUCCGUCUUGCUGAUUCUGAUUUAGGCGAUGGGGACAAAAGGACAAAAAUUUGGAUAAUAUUAGCCGUUGUGGUGGGGCUGAUCUGCAUUGGAAUCGUUGUAUGGCUGGUAUGGAGGUUUAAGGCAAAACAAAAAGUUUCAUCAGCUUCUGGAUACAACAAUAGCGACGUGCCAGUCUAUGAUCAAACGAGGAGUACAGACUUAUCAGCAGAAUUUUCAGAAUCAACUGAUUUAGGCUUGGAUGGGAGUCAGCUAAGUGGAGCAGAACUUCCAUUUUUCAAUUUUAGCUACCUUGCACUAGCAACAAACAAUUUCUCGGAAGAAAAUAAGCUUGGACAAGGGGGAUUUGGUCCUGUCUACAAGGGGAAGCUUCCAGGGGGAGAGCAAAUAGCUGUCAAGAGGCUUUCAAGAAAAUCUAGCCAAGGUUUAGAGGAGUUCAAGAAUGAAAUGAUGCUGAUAGCCAAACUACAACAUAGAAAUCUUGUUAGACUAUUGGGAUGUUCCAUUCAAGGGGAAGAAAUGAUACUGGUAUAUGAGUACUUGCCAAACAAAAGCUUGGACUGCUUUUUAUUUGAUCCAGUGAAGCGAGAACAACUAGACUGGACAAGACGCUUUGAAAUAAUUGAGGGCAUCGCAAGAGGGCUUCUUUAUCUGCACCGGGAUUCAAGACUUAGAAUAAUUCAUCGCGAUCUAAAAGCAAGUAACAUUUUGUUGGAUGAAAACAUGAAUCCAAAAAUUUCAGACUUCGGCUUGGCCAGGAUAUUUGGCGGAAACCAAAAUGAAGCCAACACAAACAGAGUGGUUGGUACAUAUGGUUAUAUGUCCCCAGAAUAUGCAAUGGAAGGUUUAUUUUCAGUUAAAUCUGAUGUCUACAGUUUUGGUGUAUUGCUACUUGAGAUUGUGAGUGGCCGCAGGAACACUAGCUUUCGCAACACAGAUGAAUCAAGUCUCAUAGGAUAUGCCUGGCACCUUUGGAGUGAACAGAGAGUAAUGGAUCUUGUUGACCCUUCCAUUCAUGAUUCAAUUCCUAAGAGUAAAGCUUUGAGAUGCAUACACAUAGGAAUGUUAUGCGUGCAAGAUUCAGCUUCUCGUAGACCAAACAUGUCCUCUGUGGUGUUGAUGCUGGAAAGUGAAGCCACGGCUCUCCCUUUGCCUAAGCAACCUUUGCUUACUUCCAUGAGGAAAUAUGAUGAUGGAGAAUCUCAUAGCGAAGGCCUUGAUGUGUCAAAUAAUUUGACAGUCACAAUGGUCACAGGGAGAUGAAAGCAUUACAUUUUUCCCUUUCUGUUCAUUUUUUUUAGAUUCACUUUCACUCUACAGUACAAAGCAUACAGUUUUCUUUUUAAUUUUACCCUCCUUUUGAAAUGAGCCCCUGAAUUUUGAGUGUAUAUAUAAUUUAUAAGGGGUUUUUAACUUAUUUUAAGCAAAAAAUGAGGUUAAGCAAUCUUAUUAUGAAUGAUUAAUCUUAUUGUAAAUGAUUGGUGCAAUUAGAAAAUCGUACCAAAGUAUAUAAGAGAAUUGAGGCUACAAUCAUUUACAAUGAGCUUGUUUAACUUUGUUCUUAUUUGGAAUAAGUUACACAAAUUUCCUUGAUUCUUGGUCAAUAAAAGAAGUAUUCUAGGUUGACGGUAUUCAUAUGUAGAAAUCAUAGAAAACUAGCGGGAACUAUGUACCGUGUAGCAUUUGCAUUUUGAUUUGUUCUUUUCGAGACAAAGUUUUGAUAUGCUAUUAUGUAUACAGUUGUAUAUUGUUGACAGAUUGUUAUUUAUAUAUUUUUGGAGGAGCAUCUUCAUUUUUAAAUA